CUUCAUCUGCCCCGAAUUUAAUCGGAGUAUUAAUCGGAGUUGAUAAUAGUGAGGUUGCGUUAAUCUUGAUGAUAAGAGGACGUGCAUCGAUAUCUAACUUGAUAUAGGAUUUUUACGUCAAUAUCUUUGAGGAAAUUUGUAUUUCGAAAUGAAGGGGUGCUUAUUCAACAUCGACGGCGGUUACCUGGAGGGUUUGUGUCGUGGUUUCAAAUGUGGCAUACUUCAACAGAGCGAUUAUUUGAAUCUAGUCCAAUGCGAAACACUUGAAGAUUUGAAGUUACACUUGGCUGGUACAGAUUAUGGCAGCUUUUUAGCCAAUGAGCCAUCUCCGCUUUCUGUUAGCGUGAUUGAUGACAAAUUGAGGGAGAAACUGGUUGUGGAAUUUCAGCAUAUGCGCAAUCAUUCCGUCGAGCCUCUGUCUCAAUUUUUGGAUUUUAUCACUUAUAGUUACAUGAUCGACAAUAUCAUUUUGUUAAUUACUGGUACUUUGCAUCAACGGCCUAUUUCAGAAUUGAUUCCAAAAUGUCAUCCACUUGGCAGUUUUGAGCAAAUGGAAGCGAUUCAUGUUGCUGCCACACCUGCCGAAUUGUAUAAUGCAGUACUGGUAGAUACACCUUUAGCACCUUUUUUUGUGGAUUGCAUUUCUGAACAAGAUUUAGAUGAGAUGAAUAUCGAAAUAAUACGAAACACGCUCUAUAAGGCAUAUCUGGAAGCGUUUUAUAAAUUUUGUAAAGAACUUGGUGGUACAACUGCAGAUACUAUGUGUGAAAUACUUGCCUUUGAAGCAGAUAGAAGAGCGAUCAUUAUAACCAUCAAUUCAUUUGGCACUGAAUUAGGUAAAGAUGACCGUGCAAAAUUAUAUCCACGCUGUGGACGUUUGAAUCCAGAUGGACUGGCAGCCUUAGCGAGAGCUGAUGAUUACGAACAAGUGAAAGCUGUAGCAGAAUAUUAUGCCGAAUACAGCGCCUUAUUUGAAGGCGCGGGUAAUAAUCCUGGUGAUAAGACCUUGGAAGAUAAAUUCUUCGAACAUGAGGUUCGUUUAAACGUCCAUGCAUUCCUUCAACAAUUUCAUUUUGGAGUGUUCUAUAGCUACUUGAAAUUGAAGGAGCAAGAGUGUCGUAAUAUUGUAUGGAUCGCGGAAUGUGUUGCUCAAAAACAUCGGGCUAAAAUAGAUAAUUACAUCCCUAUCUUUUAAAUAUGCAUAAACCGAUAAUAUCGAUUAUUUACGUCUCAAUGUAAUCUAAUUUUCUUUUGCAUAAUAUAAAAUUAUGCGGUAAUAAUCUAACUAUUAUUAGAAAAGCUUUUAAAAGUUAUUUGUGUAAUAAUAUUAUCACACAAAAAUUUAUUUUAGAAAAUCGAAUAGACACGUACAAGUAUAAAGGAAUAUCUCAUUUUAAUCGAUCAACUCCUACAAUAUUCUUCAUUUUUAAUUUUACAGAAAAAAAUGUUGAGAUAAAAGGUAUAAUUUGAAAGGACGUAAAUAAUGAUAAAAUCAGUUAAAAGAUCAAUAUUUUAUCGU